UCCAUGGCGGUCUCACGAAUUGACUUCCGCUACCGUAGUCGUCCUCUCCGUUGUCUCCUCAUCAGCUCCAUCAUCCACAUCUCCUGCUGCUUUUCUGUCAAUCCUGUAAGUUCGUCCAACUUCACCAGUUGCCCUUCGUUCCCCUGUGGUAACAACAGCGUCAUGAUGAGGUACCCCUUCUGGCCACUAGACGGUGAAACCGUCGGUUACUGCCGACUCCCCGGCUUCGGUGUCUCCUGCAACAAGAACAUCAAGCCCGUCCUUAGCCUCUCCAACGCAGAUUACUACGUGGAAAGCGUGAAUUACUCUCAAAACACCCUCACCGUCGUCAACGCCGCGGCGCUAUCGGGGCCGGAGCAGAGCUGCCCAAUACCACGCACCAGUCUCUCCCUAGAAGGUUCGCCCUUCUCCAGCUCCGAUAACAAGGACCUCAUCUUAUACUUCAACUGCUCCUCGUACCCUGCUUCCGCCAAGCCUCUCCGUUGUCCGGAGAGCAACAACCGUGAGGCAAAUCGCUCUUUCGUGUUUGUUAAAGACGGCGACGCUGCCACCGGAUUUUCCCUGUUCGACUGGAACGGCAACUGCGAGUCGGCCGUGGAGAUCAAGGUCUCCGUUGACACGGCGGUUGACCGGUUUCCCUUCAUCAUCAGCAACUUCGGGAGGGUCUUACGAAGCGGGCUUCGAUUAAGCUGGAGCCCUAGUAAGGUAUGUAGCGACUGCAACAAGGGAUCCGGUGAAAACUGCGCCUACGAUGAGAUUGCUUGCCUUUGCUCGUCGGAUGGACGGGAUUCCGUCUGUAAAAGGGAGCUGAUUAGGAGCAAAGAUUCACGUAACUUAGUAGUAGCAAUUGGUUACCCAGUUGCAUUUGUUAUUGGCGGUAUGAUACUCAUGGCUUCCCUUUUUUACUGCAUCAUCCGCUAUAAGAAACUCUUGUCAUUCUACAACAAUAUUCCCAUCUUCUUCCGGCGGAGGAGAAUAGAACAUGCAGAAAAUAUUGAGAUAUUUCUGGAGAGCUACGGAGCAUUCGUUCCAAAACGAUACAAAUAUUCAGAUAUCAAGAAAAUGACGGGAUCCUUCAAAGAUAAGUUAGGGCAGGGAGGCUGUGGUACCGUGUUCAAAGGAAAGCACACAGAUGGCCGUCUCGUGGCUGUCAAGGUCUUGACUGGUUCUAAGAGCAAUGGAGAUCAAUUCAUCAAUGAAGUUGCUUCAAUCGGUAGAACAAACCAUCUAAACAUCGUUAGUCUUCUGGGGUUUUGCUUUGAAGGUUCAAAGAGAGCCCUUGUCUAUGAGUACAUGCCCAAUGGAUCUCUUGAAAAGUUCAUCUAUUCUGAAAACGUUAACCCAUCUGCCAUAUUCCCUCUGGGAUGGCAAAACCUCUACCAAAUUGCACUCGGAAUUGCUCGAGGGCUGGAAUAUUUGCAUCUUGGGUGCACAAUGCGGAUUCUACACUUCGACAUAAAACCUCAUAACAUUCUCCUGGACAAAGACUUCUGCCCAAAGAUCUCCGACUUUGGGCUGGCUAAACUCUGUUCAACGAGAGAAAGCCAUGUAUCGUUGGCCUGUGCCAGAGGGACUGCAGGCUACAUUGCACCAGAGUUUUUCUUCGGGAAUGGAGGUGUUUCUUACAAGUCUGAUGUCUUCAGCUAUGGAGUGAUGGUGUUGGAAAUGGUUGGAGGGCGAAAGAACUUUGAUUUGGGAGUGAACAACACCAGUGAAAUAUAUUUUCCGCAUUGGAUUUAUGACCGUCUUAAGCGACAAGACAGUCUGAGACUAGAGCGGAUUGAAAAACUUGGUGACGAGGAAAUAGCAAAGAAGAUGAUCGUGGUGGGGUUGUGGUGCAUACAGAUAGAUCCAGCCAGUCGGCCUUCAAUGAGUAAGGUGGUAGAGAUGUUGGAAGGAAGCAGCCAAUGCCUGCAAAUGCCACCUAAACCACCUUACUUUGAAUAUUCCUGACGACAAAAAUAAAAUUUGAAAAAAUAUAUUCUAGCUAACUACAGAACUCUGAAUUCCACUGCAAUUUUAGAUAAUUCAAAAUGAUAAACACCACAUCAAAGACUAAUACCGGCUUAUGAAUUGGCAUUAAUUCCUAACCGGC